AUGGCGGCCCCCCAACCUGCUUCUCCCCAGCGGAGUCGUGGAUUCAGUGUCAAAUCUCAAGAGUCGCAGAAUUCAGGGAAAUCUGCCAAAGGUCAUACCCGUGGUUUUUCAGAAUCUUCAGAAGAAAAGGCUCGUCGCAAUUUACACACCAAAGCCGAUCCUCUCGUCGCUAUGAAUGAACUUCAGCCUAUGGCGGUUGCGCUGGAAAAAUCCAAUUUGGGCUCGCUGCGCGAUGUCCAGCACAAGGAUCAAUAUGGAAAUAUCAUCACCGAUCCCGACCUGUCAAACCCCACCCGGCCACGUCUCGAGCGUCCCUUGGAUACAAUUCGAUCGUUUGAAGCAGCCAUCUACGGGGCUUACAGUAAUAAUCGUGGUUCGUACGCCAGAACAGACGAUGCCGCAUCACAGAUGGGCGAUUUCAGCCGCCGGACAAGCUACUACGGAGGUCAAAACGGCAACGGUAACCGCAGAUACGACCAAAACAACUACGGUCAAAGCCAAUCCCGACCAGACAGUGUGAUAAACGCCUACCAGAACACGCCCCAAUCCCCUGAGAACCCCAACCCCAACCCAUACCCCUACAACCAGAACGGCCACCAGAACGGCAGAAGACGUCCCUCCCACCACAUGCGCGGCUCACACUCACCCCCCAUCGCCUCACCCGAUGGCUACCCCAACAUCGGCAACAAUGUCAACAACUCGCAAUACGGAUAUCCCCAAAACAACGGCUAUCAGCGCUCCUAUGACAACGUGACCGCCCUAUCCAACAAUGGAUCCGGACACACAGACCCCUACGGCCAGUCCACAGACCCCAGCUCGAUAAACAGCUCCAACGACCAAUUGCAGCAGCAGGCUCUGCAGCAACAGCGUCUUGACGAGCGCGCUCAGGCCGAGUAUGGAUUCAGCGGGUUCAGCUCGCCAAACGUCGCUCAACCUCAACAACCUGCGAACUCGAACUGGUAUGGGCCCGUUGCUCCCUCUGCCAAUGGGGCUGGGCAUGCUGCGGCUCAGCCGAGCCCGCUGUCCAAGAAUAUGAACCAGAACGUGACCCCGACCCCGACUGAUAAGGCGGAGAAGAGGAAGAGUUGGUUUAAGCGCCGGUUUAGCAAGGAUUGA